AUGACGAUCGAAGGUAACAAGGACGAAGCAGACAAAUGUAUUGAAAUCGCCCAAAAUGCUUUUUCUGCUGGUAACGUGGAAAAGGCCGAACGGUUUUUGUUGAAAGCCGAACGCUUAUAUCCUACGCCGCGAGCUAAGGAGCUUCUUAACCGCGUAAGAGCCGCGGGUCCGUCGAGUGCUGCACCAAAACGAACUCCACCAAGUUCGCCUAGUGCUGAGGAUAUCAGGCGAAGAAAAGCAGCAUCACAUCAGCCGCCUCAAAGAGAAUACACUCAGGAACAAUUAGCCGCUGUCCGAAGAAUCAAUACUAAAUGCAAGGACUAUUAUGAAAUAUUGGGUAUGUAUCUUUUCCUUAUACUGUAA